CAACUAUAAACGAUUAUGGAGAGGAUGAGAAUGUGGGUGGCUAUUAGAAAUUUAGCGUUACACCAGAAUAACGUUUAUAAACACAGCUAAUCAACUAGCUACCAUACAGGAAUAUAAGUGCUUCCUCAGAUUGGGACUGGAGCUAAUUUAGUUGGGAAACGCUUAGUUGUCGAAUUAUAUUGUAUUAUCAAACAGGCCCAACGAAAUUUCAUAAGGGAGCAAUACUGUCCACGUUUCUUUCAUGUUACAAUUAUUGAUUAUUGAUGUAAAAAACAAGUGUAAGAAGCUGACUUCGCUCCAUUGCUUAAACCAAUAAAGAUUAAUUUUUUCUAUAUAAUUGGCGAAUGCUUAGUUGCCAACUACGCUUCUCGCGCAAAAAAUUACGCGGCAACCUGAACUUCAUGCCGGUUUGACAACAUCGCAUGUUAAACUCAUCAUUGAUGAAUCACAUGGCUGAUAAAAAUAUUGAAGAAAGAGAAAGAAUGUAGUAAAGUGAAACAAAGUUGUUGGUGAAAUUGUUCCCUUCUCAUUCUCAUUCUCCGUGUUCGUCAUAUUCGUCCAAAUUCAUUACAAAUGAAUAAUUAUGGAUAUACACCAUUUUUUGGAGUUACCUUUGGUCAAGAUAGGCCACUGAGAGAAGGGGAAGUAGGAAGGAAUGAUGAUUUAUAUAUUAAUUAGUUGUUGGGGAUUUGAAUGGAGCCCGAUUCUGGCCAUGUGGAGGAAAACAUGAGUUUACAAAAAGAGUGCUUUCGAAAAUUCACAAGGCCAGCUAGGGACUCUCUUAAUUUAAAGAAUCAAAAUCAAAAUGAAACCAAUUGAAUAAUUUGAGGUCUCUCAUCACAGCUCCCUUUUAACGACUCACUCUCACUAUAAAUAUUUCAUGCAUGCAGCUUUUCUCAACACUCAAUAACACCAAACCUCUUCCCCCUCCUCUCUGCACUCCCAACAACAAUAUCUAUCAUUAAGGAUCUCAGCAGCAUUGGGCAGAGGUGAUAAGUUUUUUUCUUCUACACAUGACUGCUAGGGGCACCGACCCCAAAAGGGGUCGUCUUUGGCCACAAAUGAUCAUGGCAAUGGCCAUUGCUUUGAUUUCUACUACUGUAGUUUCUGUCAAUGCUGAUGGUUACCCUUCCUAUUCUUCACCACCACCACCUCCUCCAACUUAUGAAUACAAGUCACCACCUCCACCUUCCCCAUCACCUCCUCCUCCUUAUGAGUAUAAGUCACCACCUCCUCCAUCACCAUCACCACCACCUCCUUAUGAGUACAAGUCACCUCCCCCUCCUUCCCCAUCACCACCACCUCCCUACUAUUACAAGUCUCCUCCACCACCCUCUCCAUCGCCUCCUCCUCCAUACUAUUACAAGUCUCCUCCACCACCUUCUCCCUCGCCUCCUCCCCCAUACCAUUACAAGUCUCCUCCACCACCUUCUCCCUCGCCUCCUCCUCCAUACUACUACAAGUCUCCUCCACCACCCUCUCCCUCCCCGCCUCCUCCAUACUACUAUAAGUCCCCUCCUCCACCCUCUCCCUCACCACCUCCUCCAUACUAUUACAAGUCCCCUCCACCACCCUCUCCCUCACCACCUCCUCCAUACUACUACAAGUCCCCUCCUCCACCCUCUCCCUCACCACCUCCUCCAUACUACUACAAGUCCCCUCCUCCACCCUCUCCCUCACCACCUCCUCCUUACUAUUACAACUCCCCACCACCACCUUCACCACCUCCUCCACCACCCUACUAUUACAAGUCUCCACCUCCGCCUGAAAAGUCUCCAUCUCCAACUCCAUAUUACUACAAAUCUCCUCCACCACCAUCUCCAACUCCUUACUACUACAACUCCCCUCCACCACCACCCUACUACUACAAAUCUCCUCCUCCUCCGUCUCCAACUCCUUACUACUACAACUCACCUCCUCCACCACCAUACUACUACAAAUCUCCUCCUCCUCCAUCUCCAAUACCCCAUCCCCCUUACUACUACAAAUCUCCUCCCCCCCCUUCACCCACUCCUUACUACUACAAUUCUCCACCACCUCCAUACUAUUAUAACUCUCCUCCUCCACCAGUUGUAUAUCCCCCACAUCAUUACCACCACGGAUUGAUUGUUAAGGUAGUAGGUAAAGUUUACAGCUAUAAGUGCUAUGACUGGAACCAUCCAGACAAGUCCCAUAACAAGAAACACCUCAAAGGUGCUGUUGUGGAGGUUGAAUGCAAAGCAGGGUGGAAAGUGAUCAAGGCCUAUGGUGAAACUAAGAGCAAUGGAAAGUACAGUAUCACAGUUAAGGAUUUUGACUAUGUCAAGUAUGGACCCACAGUGUGCAAGGCCAAGCUUUAUGCUCCACCUAAACACUCCCCCUUCAACACACCUACUAAAUUCAACGAAGUAACCAAGUUGAAGGUGAAAUCUAAGGACAAGUAUGAAGUGGUGCUUAAGGCUAAGCCAUUUGCUUAUGCUUCAAAGAAGUAUUUUAAAGAAUGUGAAAAGCCUUCACCCACUCCUUACUACUACAAAUCACCUCCUCUUCCAACUCCCGUUUACAAAUACAACUCUCCACCUCCACCAUCACCAAAACCUACACCAUCAUACUACUAUAAAUCACCACCCCCACCUUCACCAUCCCCUCCUCCUCCAUACUAUUACAAGUCACCUCCACCACCAUCUCCAUCACCCCCACCUCCUUAUUAUUACAAAUCCCCACCACCACCAUCUCCAUCACCACCUCCUUACUAUUACAAAUCCCCUCCACCACCAUCCCCAUCACCACCACCUCCAUACUACUACAANCCUCCACCACCAUCCCCAUCACCACCACCUCCAUACUACUACAAAUCACCACCACCACCAUCUCCAUCACCACCACCUCCCUAUUACUAUAAAUCACCCCCACCACCAUCUCCAUCACCGCCACCUCCUUACUAUUACAAAUCCCCACCACCACCAUCCCCCUCACCACCACCUCCAUAUUACUAUAAAUCACCUCCACCACCAUCUCCUUCACCACCACCUCCAUACUACUACAAAUCCCCGCCACCACCAUCCCCAUCACCACCACCUCCAUACUACUACAAAUCCCCUCCACCUCCCUCUCCAUCUCCACCACCUCCCUAUUACUAUAAAUCACCUCCGCCACCAUCUCCAUCACCACCACCUCCUUACUAUUACAAAUCCCCUCCCCCACCAUCCCCGUCUCCACCCCCUCCUUAUUACUAUCAAAGUCCUCCUCCACCAGUAAAGUCACCUCCACCUCCAGCUUACACCUAUGCUUCCCCACCUCCACCUAUCUACAAAUAAGCUGCGAAUGCGAAAGCACCACUCAUGAUAAAUCACAUUCUUGUUUUCAUUGAGGAAUAAAGACAAUCUCCAUUUCGAGCCAAGUGAUCUAUCUUCCUAUUUAAGUUUUUUGAAUAAAAGUCUGAAGGUGUGUCAUCUCUGCACUUCUAUACUCGUGAUUCAGACCCGAUUGAUUCUAUCUGUUUGCUUGCACGUUCCAAUCUUGUUGUGUUUAAAUGCCUCACAGAUCAGAACAUGAGAGAUUUGAAAUGUAAAUGACAAGUGAAAGUGAAAAAUAUAGUACAUUUUUAAUUUAUUUGUUCCUAGAUUAAUUGGCCAUGUACAAUUGGUUUUCAUUUAUGCGGCAUUUCUGUAUUGUACCAUGUCGUAUUUGUGAUAACAGUAUUAUUACAUUAGAAAUAAAACAUUUAAGCAUUGCAUUCA